AUGCUGUGGAGCAGAGCUGUGAUAGUGCUGUUGCUGCUGCCCUGGACUGCUCAGGGCCAGGCUGUGCCUGGGGACAGCAGCCCUGUCUGGGCUCAGUGCCAAAAGCUCUCUCAAAAGCUCUGCACGCUGGCCUGGAAUGCACAUCCACUAAUGGGACACAUGGAUCUACUAGGAGAAGACGAUGAUGAAGAGACUACCAAUGAUGUCCCCCACAUCCAGUGUGGAGAUCGCUGUGAUCCCCAAGGACUUAGGGACAACAGUCAGUUCUGUUUGCAAAGAAUCCACCAGGGUCUUAUUUUCUAUGAGAAGCUGCUGGGCUCAGACAUUUUUACAGGGGAGCCUGCUCUACUCCCUGAUGGCCCCGUGAGCCAGCUUCAUGCCUCCCUACUGGGCCUCAGCCAACUCCUGCAGCCUGAAGGUCACCAACGGGAGACUCAGCUGACUCUAAGUCCCAGACCCAGCCAGCCAUGGCAGCGCCUCCUUCUCCGCUUCAAGAUCCUUCGUAGCCUCCAGGCCUUUGUGGCUGUUGCUGCCCGGGUCUUUGCCUAUGGAGCAGCAACCUUGAACCCCUAAAGCCAACAGGUUAAAGAUGGCAUCCAGAUCUCCAUGGCUCAGCAAAGCCAUUACACAUGUGAGCCAAGAAGUUAAUUAGCCCAUUAAUUCUAAUGGGACUUGCAUAUGUUGAAAAAUUACCAAUACUGACUGACUUACAAUGCUGACCUAUGACAAGGUUGAAUAUUUAUUAGAUGGGAAGGAAAUUUGGGGGAUUAUUUAUGCUCAUAAGAGCAGUUUAGGGAGGGUUAUUUAUUAUAUUUAUACUGAAUUAUGUACUUUUUUUUCAAUA